CGGUCUUGCUGCCGAGGGAGAAGGCCAUUUUGUGAGCAAUAGAGAGGUUGAAGGGAUUGAGCGCGUAGUUGUACAUCCAAGUGUUUAAACAUUUUUACCAACAUUUCUUCUUAUCAACCUCAAAUGGCUGAAUUACAAGCAACAUCAGUUUCUCAAGAAGCCCUGUCAGUCGCCCAGUUGGAGUUAGGAGGAAAUCCAAAUGCAUUAGCACUUCGAAGGCCGUUCGAUCCUGUGGCACAUGAGUUGGACGCAUCUUUCCGUCUGACACGUUUUGCUGAUCUAAAAGGAUGAGGGUGUAAAGUCCCUCAGGAGGUUCUUUCCAAACUCCUAGAGGGACUUCAGCAAGAUGACAAUAAUGCCCAGGACGAACAUGCCCAUUUCAUGCAUAUGGCAAUUCCGCGAAUUGGAAUUGGCAUGGAUUCCUCUGUUACUCCACUGCGGCAUGGUGGUCUGUCCCUUGUCCAAACAACAGACUUCUUCUACCCUCUGGUGGAUGAUCCAUACAUGAUGGGCAAGAUUGCAUGUGCAAAUGUGAUCAGUGAUUUGUACGCUAUGGGUGUCACUGAAUGUGACAACAUGCUAAUGCUGCUGGGAGUAUCAACAAAGAUGACUGAGAAAGAAAGGGACGUUGUCGUACCUCUCAUCAUGAGAGGAUUUAAGGAUUCUGCCCUUGAAGCUGGAACCACAGUGACUGGUGGACAGACAGUUGUGAAUCCUUGGUGCACGAUUGGGGGUGUUGCUUCCACUGUGUGCCAACCCAAUGAAUACAUAGUCCCAGACAAUGCCGUAGUGGGUGAUGUUUUGGUUCUCACUAAACCUCUGGGAACCCAAGUAGCUGUAAAUGCACACCAAUGGCUUGACCAACCAGAAAGAUGGAACCGAAUCAAACUCGUUGUCUCUGAAGACGAUGUCCGCAAAGCAUACCAGCGCUCAAUGGAUUCAAUGGCAAGACUGAAUAGAAUAGCUGCUAGAUUGAUGCACAAAUACAAUGCGCACGGUGCUACUGACGUAACUGGCUUUGGAUUGCUUGGACAUGCCCAGAAUUUGGCCAGACAUCAGAAGAAUGAAGUAUCUUUUGUGAUUCACAACUUGCCAGUGAUAGCCAAAAUGGCUGCUGUAGCCAAAGCUUGCGGGAAUAUGUUCCAGCUUCUUCAGGGCCAUUCUGCAGAAACAUCAGGUGGUCUGCUUAUUUGCUUGCCAAGAGAGCAGGCUGCUGCGUACUGUAAGGAUAUUGAGAAGCAAGAAGGUUAUCAGGCUUGGAUUAUUGGAAUUGUUGAGAAAGGAAAUAGAACAGCUCGAAUUAUUGAUAAACCACGUGUGAUUGAAGUCCCUGCUAAAGAGAAAGAUGGAGAACUGUGGUAGACAGAACUAAUAAUAACAUACAUCUUGAACACAUGUACUAAAUGCAGAUAUGAAUAUAUAUAUCAUGGAACAGUGAGAGUAGUAAGGAUGUCUGACUUGUACCCAGUAUAAGUGCUUCUCUUUUGGAAAAGAGUACAGUGCUUCCUGAUGCUUGAAUGUAUCAAAGUUGCCUGAAGUGGUAAAUUGUGUUGCUUUGCCAAGUGAGGACUGCUUUUUAUGAGUAUACAACAAUAUUGAAGAGAGCAGAUCAAAUUUGGUACUAGCUUAAUGUUACGAAAGUCAAGUUGGCUGCUUUUUGUCUUUUUUUGUGAUAACAUUUAAUGACAAUCUUUAGGUGUUUCUUGCGCUGUUAGCAUAUCUGCAUUAUAAUGAAACUAUAAGGAUGUUUGGGUCCUUCAAAUGUACAAUUUUGUCUUCUUUAUAUACAUGUGCCAAUUAAGUUUAUCCUCUUGCCAGUACUUAUUUAGAGCCUCAAGUUUUAACAUCACCACUGUGUAUUGAAUUACCAUGUUCAUGUUUAAGGAAUGUAAUGUUGUUUCCUUGCAGCUUGAUAUCAGUUGUAGGUUUUGUAUGGUUUUGGAUUCAUUUAAAAGCUAUUUUAAACAAUGAGCAGUUUUGGAUUUGGUGUUCAUUUCAAAUUUAUUAUAUGAGUAAUUUUGGUCAGAUUAAAUGUAAAUCAAACUUGGGUUGAUUUAGAGCACAAAAUGUUUAAACUAUUUCUGAGUCAUGAACAGCAUGUAUAUGAAACAAAUUUUUAAUACUUUCACUUUAACUGGAUCUUACAAGUUUCUAGUGGUGAUGGACAAGAGUGGAGCACUGAGUGAGUGUGGGUCUGCAAGUGGUGUCUCAAAAUGUGUAUCAGCAUUUACAGAGGAGCUGUCAUAAUGUCAAGAGGUUAGUCGCUGGCUUCCCACCACGGUGGCCCGGGUUCGAUCCUGAGUCUGGUCAAGUGGGAUUUGUGGU